CACUAUUUUUUUCUGCAAAAUCCUUCUUUGCACGAUGCUGUACAUACAUAAAUGCUCCGCGUGUUAGCAUGGUAACGUGCAAGUUGUAUCAAUCAAACCGGCGCUCAUAGAACGUGUUUUUCAAAAGGGAUUCAAUAAUAUUUAAAGAGAAUGAAGAUCGAAGAAGUAAAGAGUACUGCAAAAACUCAAAGAAUCUCAGCUCAUACGCAUAUAAAAGGUUUAGGGCUUGACGAAAAUGGUAUAGCUAUACAAAGCGCAGCAGGCCUCGUUGGUCAAGAAAUGGCUCGUGAGGCUGCUGGAGUAGUAGUUGAUAUGAUCAAAUCAAAGAAAAUGGCUGGCAGAGCGGUGUUAUUAGCUGGCCCACCAGGUACUGGAAAAACUGCAAUUGCACUUGCUAUUGCUCAAGAAUUAGGUAACAAAGUACCAUUCUGCCCUAUGGUUGGUUCAGAAGUGUACAGUUCUGAAAUAAAAAAGACAGAAGUUCUUAUGGAGAAUUUUAGACGCGCUAUUGGUCUCAGAAUUAAAGAAACUAAAGAAGUAUACGAAGGUGAAGUUACUGAACUAACACCAGUUGAAACAGAGAAUCCAAUGGGUGGAUAUGGGAAAACGGUGUCUCAUGUAGUUAUUGGAUUAAAAACUGCUAAAGGCACAAAACAGUUGAAACUGGAUCCCUCUAUAUACGAAUCUCUGCAAAAAGAAAAAGUAGAAACAGGAGAUGUAAUCUAUGUAGAAGCAAAUAGCGGCGCUGUAAAAAGACAGGGUAGAAGCGAUAAUUUUGCUACAGAAUUUGAUUUAGAAGCAGAAGAAUACGUUCCUUUACCUAAAGGUGAUGUGCACAAGAAAAAGGAAGUUAUUCAAGAUGUAACAUUGCAUGAUCUGGAUGUUGCCAAUGCUAAACCACAAGGUGGUCAAGAUGUUAUGUCUAUGAUGGGCCAAUUAAUGAAGCCUAAGAAAACAGAAAUCACAGAUAAAUUGCGUAAAGAAAUAAACAAAGUGGUGAAUAAAUACAUUGAUCAAGGAGUCGCAGAACUAGUACCGGGUGUUUUAUUCAUAGACGAAGUACACAUGUUAGACAUUGAAACAUUUACCUAUCUCCACCGUGCUUUGGAAAGUGCAAUUGCUCCGAUAGUUAUUUUUGCUACGAACCGAGGCCGUUGUGUAAUUAGGGGAACAGAAGACAUUGUAUCGCCGCAUGGAAUACCUCUUGACCUUUUAGAUAGAUUGCUCAUCAUACGAACACUUCCAUACUCUCGAUCCGAGAUAGAACAAAUAGUCAAAUUAAGAGCUACGACGGAAGGACUGCAAAUCGAGGACGAAGCUUUGUCUAACCUGGGAGAAUUAGGGACAAAAACAACUCUUAGAUACGUAGUGCAACUGUUAACUCCGGCGGCACUAACGGCAAAAGUAAACGAAAGAACAGUAAUUAAAAAGGAAGAUGUCGAAGAAGUAGCAUCGCUGUUUUUGGAUGCAAAGUCUUCUGCUAAAAUUCUUACUCAGAACAAAGAUAAAUUUAUGAAAUGAAAUACUUUCUUUCAAUAUUACUUAAUAAAACGCUUAUUAAGUUUAAUGGUUUGUAAAUAAAUAGAUUCUGUAAGUGUUCGGUUUGCUGUAAGAACGAUUGUAU